CACUGACUUUUGUUCCGUAGUGUCCCAGCUUCUUCAUGUCCGCCGCGCCGGAAGCAUGUGCAAUGCAGUGUGGUGUUUCAGAAUGACCUCACCUUAUUUCUCUCAAAAUAUGACUGCUGUCACUCGGGGAUCUGAGAAGCUUGACAGCUGCACUGUUGCGGCCUCUCUCCGAUCCAGACGAAGGGACGCGGAUGUCGUUUCCUCGAUGGCUGUCAAAGUAGAAGAGGAGGAGGCGAGAGUCUCCCAGAAAACAGCAUCCUUGUCAUCACCAGAUGGUAGUCAGGACCUCCUCCAGUUGGCCACUGCUCAACCAAAACUAGAAUCAGAUGCUCUGUCGCUAUCUUCUCAUGGCCGCAGGCGGAGACAGGUAAAGGUGGAGUACGAUGAGGGUGGGUCAUCAACGAAGACGGAACACUGGGAACCUCCUGACUGGAAGAAACAGUUGGGACACAUUCGUGAGAUGAGAAGCAGCCGUGAUGCCCCAGUGGAUAGCAUGGGAGCGGAGAAGUGCUAUGACACAGAGGCUCUGGCUAAUGUGAGACGCUUCCAAGUGUUGGUGUCCCUGAUGCUGUCCAGUCAGACCAAAGACCAGGUGACUGCAGCGGCUAUGCAGAAGCUCAGAGCUCAUGGCUGUACUGCAGAAAAACUCCUGUCUACUGAUGAUGAAACGCUGGGAAAACUCAUCUACCCAGUUGGCUUCUGGAGGAACAAAGUCAAAUAUCUGAAGAUGACAGCGGCCGUGCUCAUGAAGGAUUAUGGAGGAGACAUCCCAGACAAUGUAGAGGAGCUUGUCCGUCUGCCAGGGGUAGGACCCAAGAUGGCUCACCUGGCUAUGGAUAUCGCCUGGGACCAGGUCUCUGGUAUAGGUGUAGACACACACGUGCAUCGGAUCGCCAACAGGCUGGGCUGGCUGAUGAAGCCCACCAAGAACCCAGAGGCAACACGCAAGGCAUUGCAGGAGUGGUUACCCAGGGAUCUGUGGAGCGAGAUUAACUGGCUGCUCGUAGGUUUUGGACAACAGGUUUGCCUUCCAAUCAACCCACUCUGCUCCAUGUGCUUGAACCAGCAUUGCUGCCCUUCCGCACACCAAAGCUCUCCUGCAAAGCUGCUUCGAGUUCGAUCGCCGCACUCUCCCUGUCCGGCCUCUUCCUUCCAAGCAAAAACUGAAUCUGGACAAGAAACUGUUGUUAAGGAGGAAAGAAAAAAUGAAGAGCCGCAGAAUGUUAAGCCUACCACACAGGGACGGAAACACAAAAGAAAGAUUAAACACUAAUUUGAAACCUCUUGGAUUGCGGUUUAUAACAUACUGUGUACAUUUUUAGGUACAACCCACCAAAAUGCUUUGGGAGUCAUAGGACCAAAACAAAUCUCUGUUGUUGCUGCCUUGGGAAACACAAAACACCAUUCACUUGGUACUUCAUAUCACAAGAUUACGUUUUGUUUUUCUGUCCACUUCAUUCUGUGCAACAUCACACGUGAGGCAAGGCAAGUUUAUUUGUACCCGCAGGAAACCACACCCUGAGGUUCUUAGAGCCUGCAGCGGUUCCUGUGGCUCUCACGUGUCAGAUGCAUAUUGGCACUUCACCAUGAUGAGACAGCAGGGCUGUUCUGAAAUUUAUUCUCUGAGUGACAGGAAGCCAGAGCAGAGAGCAAAGCACUGGCCUAAUUUCCUGUUUUUAGUCAGGAUUUCAGCAGUAGCCGUCUUGUACAGUAGCUUGUUUAGAAAGCCCAGCGAGCAAGCCGUCACAGUUGGUGAGCCUGUUGGAGACAAUUGCUUGAAUUUAUUUCUCCAACUCAGAUUCAAGACACUAUUCCUUUGAUUUUUGGCAAUUUUCUAGAUGGUAAAAAGCUCCUGCUUUUAUCGAUUAAAUGGACCUGCUAAAAUUCUGUUCUGUGUCCAAUAUUA